ACCAUCAUGUUUACUGCGGUGGCUGUCCUCUCCACCAUCGCCCUCACAAAGGUUCAUAACUUCUACCGUGGCAGUGGUGGCAGCUUGGGUAAGGCCCAGGAGGAGUGGACCACUGGGGCCUGGAAGAACCCCCACGUCCAGCAGGCAGCUCAGCAGGCAGCCAUGGGAGCUGCACAGGGAGCUAUGCAGCAGAACCAGUACUCAGCAGCACCCACCUACAACUACGACGACCCAAUGUAGGACAGAGGAGGGGGACCACACUGCCGUGUGGGAGAG